CUGGAGCGCAGAGGGUCAGUCGGGUCCCUGUGCAGGAACACAGCGCCGCUUUCACCGCGGACACCCGGGACAGCGGCGCCCGCACCGUCACCACCAUCACCAUGAUUAAGUCUGAUCUCCCUCCGACUUAUGAAGAGUCGCGACAUCAUCAUCAUCAGCAGCAGCAGCAGCAGCAGUAUUACAGCGCUCAGCCCCAGGGGGAGAGUUAUCCUUUCACACCCUACACUUAUCCCACUCCAGUGUGGCACGGGGCAGGAGCACCAGCACCGGGAAUGGCACCCGUUAUUCCCACAUACAUGUCCUCAGGAACACCUCCCUCCAACCCAGGUGACCCGGAGAUGUACGACUUCAGUGCAUUGUGGGAAAAUAAAAGUAUCCGCCAUGCAUUCAUCAGAAAGGUUUAUCUGAUUUUGGCGGCCCAGCUGUCCGUCACGACCUCAAUCGUAGCCGUGUUCACGUUCAUUGAUCCAGUGCGCCUUUUCGUCAUCCAGAAUCCUGUGAUUUACUGGGUGUCACUCGGCCUGUUUUUCGUCACCUACCUCGUGUUGGUGUGCUGUGAGAAAGCGAGGAGACGAUUUCCUGUGAACCUGGUCCUUCUGUUCAUCUUUACUCUCGCCAUGUCCUACAUGGCAGGAACAAUAUCAAGUUAUUACGAGACGAAGGCCGUGUUCUUGGCUGUAGGAAUAACGGCGCUGGUGUGUGUCGUCGUCACGGUCUUCAGUUUCCAGACCAAGGUGGACUUCACUUCCUGUACCGGUUUGUUCUGUGUUUUGGGCAUUGUGGUUCUUAUCACAGGCAUCAUUACAGCCAUCGUUCUCUCUUUUCAGUAUAUUCGCUGGCUGCACAUGCUGUACGCUGCUCUCGGGGCCAUCGUUUACACUCUGUUCCUGGCGUACGACACUCAGCUGCUCCUGGGGAACCGAGCUCAUAGCCUGAGUCCGGAGGAGUAUGUGUUCGGAGCCCUGUCCCUCUACACUGACAUCGUACAGAUCUUCCUCUUCCUGUUGCAGAUCAUCGGCGGCAGCAGCUCUGACUGAACACACACACACACACUUUCUCUGUUUGUUGAGUGUGUGUGUGUGUGUGUGUAUGAGACGCCAUAUCAAACUCACACAUCUGCUUGUGCACUUUACACGAUUAUAAUAUUUGUGUGAAUGUGAUUUAUUAUAAACACACCAGACCUCUGACCUAACACUGCUCAGAUCAAGCACAUGAAGUGUGUGUACACACACUCAGGUAACCAGCACUACAGGAAGUUGAGAAUCGACAUGUAAAUCAUAACACACACGCACACACUAAUCUUUGAAAGAGAUUUUGUCUCAGAUCUCACACACACUCCGAAAAGAGAAAAAGAAAGAUAAACGUGGGUGUAUUGGUGAUUAAAGGCGAUGAGACACACUGAAAUAAUAGCGUGAAUGUAAAAUAAACGCGCGUGCGUGUGACGAAGGUGUGAGCGCGAGUGAAAUUUAAACACAUUUCCACAGUCGCUGUUUAAACGCUGUAAUAAUUUCACACUUGUCGUUGUAAUCGCUCCUUCCUGCGGAGAUGAGACUCAGUCCGUUUCCACACACACUCUUUCUGUUCGUUAUCUGUGUGGAGCGUUGCUUACUGACUGAGCACGCUGCGCCACAAAGCCUGUGAUUGGGCAAAACGAAAGAGGUGUGUCCAAUGCAGUACAAGGGUUCACUAGCUAAAGAAAUAAUGAACUGAAGUAAACUUGGCGUCCUCGUUAGUCCUCGACGGCUUACUGAGUCUGAGUUCUCUUCUCCUUCCUCAUCUCCAGCAGCUCCUGGGAUGGUUAUAAGGUCGUUAUAGCACCACCUAUAGGACAGGAAGUCCUCGUGAAUUCACGAAGGUGAUUCCGUCUCCACAUGAACUAUGCAUAAGACAAACUUUCUCAAUCAAAUAUAAAGAAAAGAAAAGAGUUAGUGUUAUACUUGCUGCUGUAGUGUGUUACAUCGUUGAAUUUUAUCUUCAAACUUUUAUCUUAAUACCUGCCCCUCAGGUGUGUUAACACACACACACACACAGUCUCUGUCCUUCUGAUGGACUCUCUUAGGGUGAAACGUCACAAAUUAAAUAUUCAUUUAUGCAAAUAUAAUGUAAAUAAAAUGAGAACAGGGAGCCUGCUAUCCACCACAGAGCCUGCUAGUACAUCAGGUUGCACAUUUUUCACACUGAUAUUAACACACACACACACACUUUUACUCAAUCAGAGUCUUAAUGUUCUCUGCUUGUUUGUGUUUAUUCUAUUUUGCUAACAUAAAACUAAAGCGAUGUUUGAAAA